AUGUCGCGUAACUGUUGUCAGUGUUAUCCUUUCAAAACCGUUCCUACACCUACAACAGCAUCGCGCUUUGGACAAAUUUGUAAAAUGCGUGCCAACACAUCAUGCAAAAAUACAGUGUAUAACAUACUUUACGCCCCAACUGCUCAGUCAAAAUCGCUAAAAUACGGACGAGAAGUAGAAGACAUCGCACGUAAAAAAGCGGAAUUAAUUAUAAAAAAAAAAAUUGAAAUUUGUGGUUUGAUCAUUGAUCCUAAUGAUCCAUAUUUAGCAGCGAGUCCUGAUGGUUUAAUUGAAAACGAUGCUGUAGUUGAAAUCAAAUGCCCAUAUGUUGCUAAAGAUACUACUAGUGCUAUAGAAGCGGUCAACAAUAAUCUUAUUUUAUUUACAAUGUUGACUAUCGGAAAUAGUACAACCACUUUACCCAACUAG